AUGGACGCUGGCAAUUUGAUCGCGUCAGUGGUAGCAUGCUUUCUGCUAGUCCGGCUGUUGUCUAUUGGCAUGCGAAACCGGAAUAUGCCUCCAGGUCCGCCAACACUGCCCAUCAUUGGAAAUCUAUAUCAGAUCCCCAAAAAGGACAUACACCUGCACCAUCAGAAAUGGGCAAAAAAAUACGGACCGAUUUUCUCCCUCAAAAUGGGAAGCCAGGAUGUCAUCGUCCUUGCCAGCGGCGAUAUGAUCAAAAGACUCGUGGACAAGCGGAGCGGCAACUAUGCAGACCGGCCAGCCCUCUUUAUGCAGGACGUCUUCGAGCACUCGAGGAUCAUCAUGCGAGGCUACGACGACCUGUGGAAAGUCGAGCGGAAACUCUACCACCAGUUCCUCAACAGCACAAAGGCGGCACGGUACACGCCUUACCAGGACCUGGAGACGAAGCAGCUCUGCUUCGAUCUCCUGCGUCAUCCACAACACUUUGAAGCACUGAUCACAAGGACGACACUAAGUGCCGCCACCAGCAUGGCGUACGGAUUUCGCGUGACUGACCCGGCCAACCCUAUCAUGAAGGAGCUCCUCCACAAUGCCCACGGGUUCUUCACCAUGGUCCACAAAAGCCAGUUGUUUGACUGGUAUCCUCAGCUGCGAUCCAUUGCGCGCUGGCUACCGCCGUUCUUGUAUCGAAUGUAUCGAGACGCCAGAGAGAUCUUUCGUCGAGAGAAAGCACAGUUUCACCAGCUGCUCAGCGAUGCUAGGAAGACAAUGGCCUACCAGAACUCGCUUCCAAGCUUCGCAUCAGAUAUAGUUCGAGCGCAAAAAUCUUGGGAGGGAAAGCAGGAAGGUACCAUCUUGACUGACCAUGCCGCCGCAUACAUCGCUGGAAUUGCCAUGGAAGGAGCAACAGAUACCCAGAGCAACCAGCUAGCUGGGUUCAUCAAGGCAAUAAUGCUGUAUCCGGAGGUCCAGAAGCAAGCUCACGUCCAACUAGACGAUAUCGUUGGGACUGAUCGAUUGCCUGAGCCAAGCGAUCUUGAAACCUUGCCAUACAUACGGCAGAUCAUGAAAGAAACCCUCCGAUGGAUGCCGACAGCGGUGACCAGUGCAAUUCCCCACGCGGCUCGCGCCCAAGACGAAAUUGACGGCUACAUAAUCCCCAAGGGGGCAACCAUCCUUCUUGCGGUCUGGGCGGCGAACAACGACCCAGCUCUUUUCCCGAACCCUCGCGUCUUCGAUCCGUCUCGGCAGAACCCCAACUUUUCGAUGGGGGAAGCAGCACUCGCGAGUGACAUCCGCGACCGCGAUCACUGGACGUUCGGCGCAGGCAGGAGGAUCUGUCCAGGGAUCCACGUCGCCGAGGGGACAUUGCUUCUGGCCAUGGCCCGGAUUCUAUGGGCGUUUGACAUCUCCAAAGCCAAAGACGCUCACGGCAGGGAGAUCGAAGUUGACCAGGACGAACUUACACAGUCGAUUGCGGCAAGGCCACUUCCGUUCAAGUAA